CAUACACUCCAUACCCUCGUUUUAGCUUAUAAGAACAACCAACAUUCUCAUAUGUAAUGCUAAACAAACAAAAAAAAUGUAAAAGUAUUUAAUUUAGUUUCUAUAUCAUAGAAUUUUGUUCAAUUAAGUUUUUAUAUAACAAAAUUUUAUUUAAUUUAAUCUUUAUAUUAUAAAAUUUUAUUUAUUUUAAUUUUCAUAUUUUAUAUAAUUUAAUUCUUAUGAUAUAGUGAAAAAAAAAAAAAUCCAACACAUUAGCAUCAUAUCAACAUCACUAACAUCGAUUUGGACACUUGUUUAAACUUUAGAGUUCCUCCCUAAUCUUCGAGAGUCGCACGUGGUACAAGCUGCAGUCCAAGCAAAGCCGAAGUCCUUGUGUGUCUUUGAGAUGGACUGGACUUCAAUCCGGCUUUCACAUUGAGAGCACCUAGGAAACAAAGGAAAAAGGUCUUUCAACUUCAUAGCAUACACUGAAAGAUGAAAGGAGUCGCACUUUCACCAUCAAACAACUUCAGUUGCUACGCCAAAAUCCGAACCGAUCAAACACCCCGACCCAUCAAAAGCUUAACCCAAUUCCAAUUCCCAUUAUUCAACAACAAAAACCAAAACCAAUCAAGCAAAAACCAAUCACUUCUCUCAUUUUCCGUAAACUCAAUCAAAAACACAGAGACCCCAAUAACCCAACCGCCACCCUUAGUAGUAGUUGGCUCAGCCAAUGCAGAUAUCUAUGUGGAAAUCGACAGAUUACCCAAAGAAGGAGAGACCAUAUCAGCGAAAAGUGGCCAAACUCUUGCAGGAGGCAAAGGAGCCAACCAGGCAACAUGUGGGGCGAAACUUUCUUACCCGACAUAUUUUGUAGGACAAGUAGGCGAUGAUGCACAUGGGAAAUUGAUAACUGAGGCAUUGGGAAAUGGUGGGGUCCGUUUGGAGUAUUUGAAGAGUUUGGGUAGUGGUGUGCCUACCGGUCAUGCUGUGGUGAUGUUGCAGUCUGAUGGGCAGAAUUCUAUUAUCAUUGUUGGUGGUGCUAAUAUGAGUUGUUGGCCUGACAAAUUGUCUGACCAGGAUUUGGAUGUAAUUAAGAAGGCUGGCAUUGUUUUGCUUCAGAGGGAAAUUCCGGAUUCUGUCAAUAUUCAAGUUGCUAUGGCCGCAAGGAGUGAAGGUGUUACUGUAAUUAUGGAUGCUGGUGGAAUGGAUGCACCAAUGCCCCAAGAAUUGUUGAAUUUUGUUGAUAUCUUGAGCCCAAAUGAAUCUGAACUUGGUCGAUUGACUGGAUUGCCUACUGAGAGUUUUGAGCAGAUUAGUCAAGCAGCUGCAAAAUGUCACAAAAUGGGUGUUAAGCAAGUUCUUGUGAAACUUGGGGCCAAGGGAUCUGCCUUUUUUGUAGAAGGUGAGGAGCCAAUCAGACAGCCUAUCAUUCCAGCUGCAAAAGUUCUAGACACAACAGGAGCUGGUGAUACUUUUACUGCAUCUUUCGCAGUGGCUCUGGUAGAGGGGAAGUCCAAAGAGCAAUGCUUGAAAUUUGCUGCAGCAGCAGCCUCUCUUUGUGUUCAAGUGAAAGGAGCCAUUCCUAGCAUGCCUGACAGGAAAUCUGUUUUGAAGCUUCUUCAGUCUGCAUGAAUUUAUUCUUGUUUCCAUGAUGGUUGGGUGCAAUGUUCCUCUAUGCAUAUAAAUAAAGCAUCAGAUUUCAUUUUGGUUUACUGGAUAUAAGAGUUUUACAAAUUAGAUGUCAGAGGAAAGUAUGAAAUCUGUAAGAGAAAGGCUGUGCCAGAGUUAAAAUAAGGAAAAAUGAUAAUGUUGCACACUAUGUUG